AUGCACAUUAUUUUGGUUCCAUUUACAAAAGUUGAAGAAAGUUUUAAUACAAAUGCUAUUCAUGAUAUAUUAUAUCAUAAAUGGAAUAUUUCAGAGUAUGAUCAUCAUGAAUUUCCUGGUGUUGUUCCAAGGACAUUUUUUUCACCAUUGAUCAUUGGAUUAAUUUUAUCACCAGUUAUAUCAAUAAUUAAUAUUUUUCAUGGUUUAAAAAUUUGGGGAUUAUAUGCAUCUCGUAUGUGUAUUGGUAGUUUAUUACUUUUGUCUUUUCUUAAUUUUGUUAGAACAGUUGAAAAAUAUUUUGGAAAAGAAACAGCUUUAUUUUUACGUCUUAUUACUGCUUCACAAUUUCAUUUUAUUUUUUAUGCAUCACGUCCUCUUCCAAAUACUUUUGCUUUCAUAGUAAUAUUGUACAUCUAUUCAUUAAUAUUAGAUGAAAAAUAUAUAAGAGCUAUAAAAUUAGCAACAUUUACAACUUUUAUACUUCGAUUUGAUACAAUAUUAUUCUUUGGUCCAUUAUUUAUUCCUAUUCUUGUUACAAAAAAGGUUAAAUUUAUUUCAGCAUUAUACACAGGAAUUAUUAGUUUAAUUGUUUCACUACUCAUUACAAUACCAUUAGAUUCUUUGUUUUGGAAGCGAUUAAUUUAUCCAGAAGGUGAAGUCAUUAUAUUUAAUAUUUUUGAAAAUAAAAGUCAUUUAUAUGGUACUUCUCCUUUUUAUUGGUAUUUUUUAUCAGCAUUACCAAGAGCACUACAAACAUCAUAUAUAUUAGUACCUUUGGGAAUUUUUUAUGAAAAAAGGUUAUAUCAUCUAUUUUUUUCAGCAAUAACUUUUAUAACAUUAUACUCUUUUUUACCUCAUAAAGAGUUAAGAUUUAUUAUUUAUACAAUUCCUUUAUUUAAUUUAAUUGGAGCAAAUUUUAUGGCACGUUCGUGGAUUAAUAAAGAAAAAUCAAUUAGUAAAAGAUUUUUUUCCUAUGGUUUACUAUGUCAUUUAAUUUUAAAUUCAAUACUUACAUUUUGUAUGAUUUAUAUUUCAUCUAGAAAUUAUGCUGGUGGUGAUGCAAUUAAUCAUCUUCAAUAUUUACAAAGAUUUGAUAGAAAUAAACAUAUUAAAAUUCAUAUUGAUGAAUUUGCAGCACAAACAGGAAUUUCAAAGUUUUUGCAUUAUUAUGAUAACUGGGAGUAUAAUAAGACAGAAUCAUUGCAAUUAAAUAGUGAAAAAUUAAAAGAUUUCAACUUUAUAAUUUUAGGAGAUUAUAAUACUGAUGUUAAAAAAAAAGCACAAAAUAUUUUUUCAAAAACACAUCGUCAAUACUUUGGAGUUGAAGCUUUUCAUAAAAUUAAUUUUAUUAAAACAAAAAAAUUCCCAUACUACAUCCCACGUAUAAAAUUCAUGGAUAAACUUAUUGUUUUACGAAGAAAAGGUGAUGCAUAA